AUGCGCAAUAUUCGCCUCGAUCAUUUGCCGUCGGAUCGUGAGGUUGCUUCUCAGGAUUGCAAAACAUGCGUGAGAAGGCGAAUAAAAUGCGAUCGAAGCGUUCCGUCGUGCUUGAAAUGUUAUAGUCGAAGGCUCACUUGUCCAGGCUACGGCCUUCAUCUGAGAUGGGAUCAGGGAGUGGCUAGCAGAGGGAUCCUGACAGGUAAAUCGAUCCCAGUACGACCUCCCAUCAAGCAUGGUGCAUACAAACAGACAAGAACACUUUGCAUCAAGAAGUUCACCGAUGACGGAAUUCCGCCCUAUUACCAACCUCGAAUAGCCACCGAAAGCUCUUUGGUCAUAUUGUCAAACCCAACGCAGAACGUCGACCUUGUCGAUCGUCACGUCCGACAAGCAGCUCACGCAGUUCUCUUUCGACAUUUCAGCCUCGAAGUCGCAUCAAAGCUUGCGUGGCUGGAUGGGCCCAAGAACCCAUGGCGAACCCUCGUACUUCCUCUUGCACAACGCUCACCCUGCUUGCGUCUAUCAACGCUGGGUUUGGCCGCAGCACACAUGUCCGUCGUGUCUCCCCAAGAUAAGGCAGCCCUUGUUCAGAUCCACCGAAAUCUCCGAGAUGCGACUCUGUAUCAUCUUAACCGGCAGAUGGAAUCAGAACUGCACCGCGAAGUAUCCGGGCGGGAUAAGAAUACCCAAGUCUCGGCUCUCGUCGAGAUCAUUCUCACCAUGAUUUCUUUAUGCUAUGCAGAAAUGUUUAUACCAAAUUCGACGGGAUGGAAACUUCACCUCAGCGGUGUCCGCACAGGAUUGGAGAGAUAUGACCUGGGAAACCCACACGAAAAGCUAAUAUCUCAGUUCCUCGUAGAGGAACUUGACUAUCUGGAGGUUUUCGGAAGCAUAUCCUCAUUCACCUCCAGUUUGAGACGCCACAAGUCCAUCUCACAGCACGCGACUUCUGGUGACUACUUCAGAGAAUUUACAGAAGCACUUUAUGAGAUCACCGUAACCGAGAGAAAUCGAAAUCACGCUUCUAGGACAGGAAAGAUACUUGUUGACACUGAUAUGACUGUAUGGCAAGACAAGCUCACGCGGUCCCAUGACUCUGUUUGCGCCCGCAUUGACUCUACCCCAUCACAGGAUGUCGCUAUCCAGAUAGGCCUCAAGUCUGUUCUCAAAGCCCAAUACUACGCUUGCCUGGUGUACAGCUACCAAGCACUUGCUUCCGAUCUCGAGAAGACGGUCGCGAUCCCUCCGCUUGUUGACUGUCUUUACAACGAGGUGAUCUUCAUGAAAUCCUGUCCAUCAGAAUCUGUUUCACACAACAUCUCAUUUCCACUGUUCAUACUUGGAACAGCCAGUCAGUUAUACACCGAGAAGCAAGUUAUGAUCGAAAGGCUCUUUACCGAAAACAUAGCUGCGACAGGUUUCUCAUGCAACUCGGCAGUACUGCAGUUCUUGAGAGACUUCUGGAACGCAACAGCAGCUGGAGUGACUCCGAACUGGAUACAGUAUGCGAGAGACAACGAGGAGCGGAUAAGCCCAUUUAUUGUGUUCUGA